CAUCUGUUUUCGGCAUCUCCAGCUAGUGGCAUGUGCUUGUCACUAGUAAUGAGAUUGUAGCUUCUCUCUGAGGUCUCUAUCAUAGAUAUCUGGCAUUUGCUGGGUCUCACUGUUCAGUACAGAUCAGACUCUUGCUGCUUUGCUUCCCCUAGGCUGCUGUGUCACGUUUGACCCCUUGAUUUUGCUAUGUCAUCACCACUUUUAAUUCAUAACCGCCCCUAACCAUGUCAUUCUGUGGCUUGACCAGGCUUAAGCCUAACACCCCAAAACAAGUUUAUCAAUAUCCAAAUGGCCAAAGCACAGAGAUGAAGGGGUAAAGUCUUUACCGUGCCAAAAAACCUCCACUGGGAGACAAUCUUAUGAGCCCAAGAUUUAAAUCUGGGCCGAUCCACUUACUAAAUUUGUGACCGUGGGCAAGUUAAGUUCCUUGAGGCUCAGUUUCCUCACCUGUAAAUGCAAUGUAACACCGACCUCUCUGAAUUUCUGUGAGGAUUGAAUGAGAUGAUAGAUGCAGCAUUCUCUGCACAAAGCCCAACCCUUCAUAGGCAGUUAACACCUUUUAGUUUCCUUCUUUCACCCACACCAUAGUCCGCUUCCUAGUCGGAUAUGCACAGUAAUCUAAUUGGGCAGCUAACCUGAAAAAGGUGGAAUGGUUUCAGGCUGGGAACUUAUCCCGCAAUUAGGGAGUGCAACUUGUAAACACAUACAGUCCAGCUCUUCUCUUCAAUUAUGUGUAUUGAUGCAUCCUAUUAACCCCAUUUACUCUUUAGUCUCUGGUAAAGAUGUGAGCAAAAAUCGGUCACCUUUACAUUUCAUUGAAGAUACUUUUCAAGAAACACUGAGCAAGUUCUAUGGGUAAAAGAAAAAAAUUAAGGGGGACAAGGCAAAACAGAGGAUAGAAAGGGGGUUUUUUGUUUGUUCAUUUCGGGUUUUUUUGCUAACAAACCUUUACUGGGUAGCACUUGUGUGUCAGAGACUAUAUCGAGCAGUUUCCAUUCAAUUUCUCACUUAUCCUCCAACAAUCCUAAGGACAUAGGUACUAUGAUUGACCCCAUUUUACUGAUGAGGAAGCUGAGGCACAGAAAGAGCUAUUAAGUAACAGCUUAGUGUUCAGGAUCACAUAUCUACUAAGAGCCACAGCUGGCAACUGAGUCCAGGCAGUCUGUCUUCUCCACGCCACAUGAGGCCACCAACUCUGGCACCUCCCAGAAAGGUCAAGGCCCUAGCAAGCUGAAUCACAGAAACUAUCAUGGCCUUGACCAUUUGCUCUGUAAGACUUCUUUUCAGAUCUGGAAAAGGAGGGCAGCAUCUGAGACACUCCUGUGAUUUUUAAGGUCAGUAGCUUUGUAAGGUCAGUAGUUUGGGAAACAGAAAAAAAACCAUUUCCAGGAAGAAAAUGCACUACCAGGUAACACACUCUUUUAUGAGGUAAAUCAAGUACUCGCUCUUAUAAAACUCACGGUCCACCACUCAGGAGUGCCGCCGCCAUGUCAUUAGGCGGAACUUUUUCCUUGCUCAGUGCCCAUUACAAACUUAGUGAAUCCUUUGAAGGAAAAAAAAAAUUGCCAAAGAUCUCGUCUGAUGAAGACACUUGUUCAUAAUUUUGUAGAUUUACUAUUGUUAUCAAUUAUUUGCAGUUCCAAAUAGUUCAGGGAUGUGGGUUAUAUGGCAUUUUUUUUCCCCUAAGCUGAAAACUGCUAAAAGUGUGCGUUCCAGUUGCAUGCAGGGACUCAUGGCCACAGUAUCUGCAAGUCUCAGUUUUGCUCGUGGAAAAGGGAAUGAGUGGAUAUUCUAGCCCCAAACUGUUGUCUUUUUCCUAAAAGCCUGUCCUGGUACCACCAAACCGGUCCUUGGAAACCAAAUAAAAUUGUCUGUGACCCCCUCCCCCUAGGGGAGUUCUGGCAGGACUCUUGGAAAGGAGGAGGGGCUAAAAGGGGAAAGAACAGACCCUCGCUGAAGGUCAGUCAGGUGAUCCACAUAAAACUGCCAAUACUGAACCACUCUUUUACCUAUAGAAGUGGAAAUUUCAUAUGGUUUAACCCAAUAUUAAAUGCCAGACCACACACCUUUUUUAUGUUAUCACACUUGAUCUUCAUAAUGACCCUAUGAGGUCAGGUUUAUCCCCAUUUUACAGAUAAUGAAACUGAAUUAAAUGCCUGAAGUAACUGUCUCAGUUUGGGUUCCCCCUAAAGUUGACGCAGAGUCAAGGAACUGAUGCAAGUGGUAUAUUUGGAAGACAACCCCAGGAAGCACUGCAUCUCCCUGCCACUGAGAAGCAAGAGUGACACAUGUUCUACCCACCUUCCCUUCGGAAAUUCAAAGCAGUUGCAUGCUGCUGUGACCAGGAUCCAGGUUCCAAGGCCUGGGUUUAAUUACACAUUUGCUCACAUAUGUAUCCUGAAUAACGAUAAGACUUGCAUCGUGGACGACAUAGUGCAUGUCCUGGAGGAGCUAAAGAAUGCUCGGGCCACCAACCGGACCAAUUUUGCUAUCACGUACCCGAUCACUCACUUAAAGGACGGGAGGGCAGUUUACAACGGGCACCAGCUUGGAGGCGUCACCGUGCACAGCAAGGACCGAGUGAAAUCCGCAGAGGCCGUCCAGCUCACCUACUACCUGCAGUCAAUCAACAGUCUCAACGACAUGGUGGCAGAGAGGUGGGAGUCCAGCUUCUGCGACACCGUCCGACUGUUCCAGAAAUCUAACAGCAAAGUCAAAAUGUACCCUUACACGUCCUCCUCGCUGAGGGAAGAUUUCCAGAAGACCAGCCGCGUAUCAGAACGUUACCUGGUCACCAGCUUGAUCCUGGUGGUCACCAUGGCCAUCCUCUGCUGCUCUAUGCAGGACUGCGUCCGCAGCAAACCCUGGCUGGGCCUGCUCGGGCUGGUGACCAUAAGCCUGGCCACUCUCACUGCAGCCGGGAUCAUCAAUCUUACUGGUGGGAAAUACAAUUCCACCUUCCUGGGAGUCCCCUUCAUCAUGCUAGGUCAUGGAUUAUAUGGGACUUUUGAAAUGUUAUCCUCCUGGAGGAAAACUAGAGAAGACCAACACGUUAAAGAGAGAACUGCAGCAGUCUAUGCAGACUCCAUGCUCUCCUUUUCUCUCACCACUGCCAUGUACCUGGUCACCUUUGGCAUAGGGGCCAGCCCUUUCACGAACAUUGAGGCAGCCAGGAUUUUCUGCUGCAAUUCCUGUAUCGCAAUCUUCUUCAACUACCUCUAUGUACUCUCGUUUUAUGGUUCCAGCCUGGUAUUCACUGGCUACAUAGAAAACAAUUACCAGCAUAGUAUCUUCUGUAGGAAAGUCCCAAAGCCCGAGGCAUUGCAGGAGAAGCCCGCAUGGUACAGGUUUCUCCUGACGGCCAGGUUCAGCGAGGACACAACUGACGGCGAGGAAGCGAACACUUACGACAGUCACCUAUUGGUAUGCUUCCUCAAACGCUAUUACUGUGACUGGAUAACCAACACCUACGUCAAGCCUUUUGUAGUUCUCUUUUACCUUAUUUAUAUUUCCUUUGCCUUAAUGGGCUAUCUGCAGGUCAGUGAAGGGUCAGACCUUAGUAACAUCGUAGCAACGGCGACACAAACCAUUGAGUACACUACUGCCCAGCAAAAGUACUUUAGCAACUACAGUCCGGUGAUUGGGUUUUACAUAUAUGAGUCUAUAGAAUACUGGAACACUAGUGUCCAAGAAGACGUGCUAGAAUACACCAAGGGGUUUGUGCGAAUAUCCUGGUUUGAGAGCUAUUUAAAUUACCUUCGGAAACUCAAUGUGACCACUGGCUUGCCCAAGAAAAAUUUCACAGACAUGUUGAGAAAUUCCUUCCUGAAAGCCCCCCAAUUUUCACAUUUUCAAGAGGACAUCAUCUUCUCUAAAAAGUACAAUGAUGAGGUUGAUGUAGUGGCCUCCAGAAUGUUUUUGGUGGCCAAGACCAUGGAAACGAACAGAGAAGAACUCUAUGAUCUCCUGGAGACCCUGAGGAGACUUUCUGUCACCUCCAAGGUGAAGUUCAUCGUCUUCAACCCGUCCUUCGUGUACAUGGAUCGAUACACCUCCUCUCUGGGAGCCCCCCUGCACAACUCCUGCAUCAGUGCUUUGUUCCUGCUCUUUUUCUCUGCAUUCCUGGUGGCAGAUUCUCUGAUUAAUGUCUGGCUCACUCUAACGGUUGUGUCCGUGGAGUUUGGAGUUAUAGGUUUCAUGACAUUAUGGAAAGUAGAACUGGACUGCAUCUCUGUGCUAUGCUUAAUUUAUGGAAUUAACUACACAAUUGACAACUGUGCUCCACUAUUAUCCACCUUUGUUCUGGGCAAGGAUUUCACAAGAACGAAGUGGGUAAAAAAUGCCCUGGAAGUGCAUGGGGUAGCUAUUUUACAGAGUUACCUCUGCUAUCUUGUUGGUCUGAUUCCUCUUGCAGCUGUGCCUUCAAAUCUGACCUGUACACUGUUCAGGUGCUUGUUUUUAAUAGCAUUUGUCACCUUCUUUCACUGCUUUGCCAUUUUACCUGUGAUACUGACUUUCCUGCCACCCUCUAAGAAAAAAAGGAAAGAGAAGAAAAAUCCUGAAAAUCGCGAGGAAAUUGAGUGUGUAGAAAUGGUGGAUAUCGAUAGUACCAGGGUGGUUGACCAAAUUACAACAGUGUGAUAGCGUCUGCUUGUUAUAUUUUCACCCUAGGUCUUAUCAAGAGCAAAGGGAUGAUGUUAAUGGAAACAAAUUGAAAGUUGUUCUUUGGUUUUUAAGAAUAAGAAAUAGGCAUUGCCAAAAAAAGUAAAGGACAAGGUGGGGAAAUGGGCAUUGCAUAUUUUCAAUCUUUAAAACAAAAGGUUGUCAUCAGAGAAAAUUUACACACACACACACACACACACACACACACACACACACCCCCUAGGAGACUCAUAGUCUCUUAAACUAAGAUCAAAUAAGCAAAAGCUUAUUAGCAAGCAGAAUCCUCUUUUAUUCACACUGCAGAUGUUGCUGGUAUUGUGACAAAAACCUUCUGAUUGAAAGGUCAGCUGCCAAGGCAGAAAUAGCUUUGAGCAUUGCUCAAACAAUAAAGCUUCCAGAACUUCUGCAGAGCGGUAGCUCCAAGCAGGGUCUGUGGUUUAAGGUCUAAGGUCUUUGCCAUCUCAUCUAUCCCCCCAACACCCCAAGGAGAUGUUUGUGAAAGUUCUGGCCACCAAAAGCAAGCCAGAACCUCAGAAACAGACACAUGGCAGAGUGGCCAUCACCCAUGGACUGAAACUGAGUCACCUCUAAACUCACCCAGGUGAGGCAGUUUUGUUGUCCAGAAUGAAUUUAUCAUACGCCCCACCCACCCACCAUCAAUACACUUUUAACAUUGGUAUGGUUUGGUUAAUAUACCUUUAAACCAAUGACAGCUCCAGCAAUGCAGAGUUAAGGCGAUUCUAUUUUGGUAUAUCUUGUUGCUUGUCACCAAAUGGAUCUGCUUUAUUAGUUACAGCUCUUGGCAGGAGGCUCUGAGUACCCAAAACCACAGAGCCAAACCCAAAUACCUGGCAUAAAGCAGGUGUCUACUUGAACCCAGAGAUAGUAUUUCCAUUUUGAUAAAAAAAAAAAAAAAAAAAAAAAAAAAAAAAAAAGGCCAGCUGGUACAGCUGUUUGCGGUUUGGCCCUACAUGCAUUUUUGUUUUUUUGCAUGGAUGCCCAGAAAUAACAUCUGCCCACACAUAGCUGAGGAAGGAGAAAUAAACACUGACAUGGUUAUCUGCCACAGCUUCCCACUUGUAGUGCCAGUCUGCUUUCGCUCAGGAGACAUGCUUGCUCAGAGAUACAGAGGAGACAAGUCCUGAAACUUUGUAAGUCCUGAAACUGAGAACUUCAGGCAGACAUAAAGGGCUGAAAGUGAGAUAAAUGGAAAUGACCGGAAGAUGUAAUCACCACCAUAAAUCUAUCAACAAUGACAGUCAAGCUUUCCUGCUAACCUGGCUGCAUUUUCAUCUUCCGGGUCUCUACGCCCCCCACCUUCGUUGGUACCCCUCUACUUCCUUGCACGGCCCUUCUGUACAUUAUCGAGCCUAGAUGUUUAUACUGUUGACUUGCAGUAUCUACAGGAUCUAAACAGAAAUGGUUUGAUCUGAAGAGGCUGUGUAUGUUGCCCCCGACCCCUGCAUUUCUUUAAGUCUAUAAAAAUGAAGCUAAAACCUGGUCACACUUGAGGUAAAUGUCUACAGUAUUUUUCCCUUUUAGAGACAUAGCUUAUUUAGACAUCUGUAGUGGUAAGCAUUUCCCCAAAGCACCUUACCUUUUUGGACCUUAGCGGAUGUACUGUGCAACUUCCCCAUCCCCUGCAGAGGAGGAAACUGAGACCUAGGAGAAUAAAGUGACUCACCCAGGGUCACACCACUGGAGGGUUUCCAUCAUUUUAGCAUGCCUAAGACAGGGCAGGCCAAUUUUAGAUCUUCUCAUAAGAGGGCUACUACUCCCUUCAAAGUACAUUUCCAAGGAAGAAACAUAGGCCUUGGCCACAAGGCAGACUUUUUUUUAAUGUCUGGGUAAUGUUUGGGAUUUAGGUUUACCAUUGUCUUUCCAGACAGCAAAAAUGCCCAAAUGAUUCAGAUGUAACUACACCAAGUGCAAACCUGUGCUUUCUAGUUCAUGUACUGUUGUUCACACAGUUCUAAAUAUAUGUGCAGGGGAUCAUAGCUAGUGCAUUACACACUUGUUCAAUCUCUCCUGCAAACACACUAAGUGAUCAUACCAAUGUGUUAUGCACUCAACUAGAAGAUAAUGAGCUUUAAUCUAAGGACAAAUGCAAUCCUCGAAAAAGGGCAAGUUCGCAUAAUAGAUCUGCGAUCAAUUCUCUCUCCAAGGGGCCUGCAACUAGGCUAUCAUUGAUAAAACACAGCUGAAGAGGGGAUUGGUUUUAUUCUUAAAUCAUAUGUUGCUAAAUCAUUUUCUGAAGAGCGUGUUCUAAAUCAGCCAUUGAUUUAGUGCCGGCCACGUGGAGCACCUUGGGUUACAGUGACUCCACAAAACUGAUACAACACACACCAAUUAAGCAGAUUUUGUUGAGAAUUUAACCAUUCAAUUUGGUCAACCAGAAUGACUUACUGUGGAACUUUAUUUUAUGACAGAUAGUAGUUUUCCCUCUUGACUGGGUCUCUGUACACCUUGAGAUAUUGUAUUUUUAAAUGAAGGGCAUUUUCAAACUUGUCAACUUCUCUUUUCAGCACUUGAAAUCAAAGCUUAUGGAAUUCUGACUGUGGAAUGAAUGAAUUAUUUUGGGGGUAGUCUGCAUGCCAAGAUUGACUACUUAUUAUUUAUUGUUAGAUCAUUAUUAUUUAUUUGUUAAUAUUCAUUAUUAAUAAUUGCUCUGAUAGCAUUGGUUUAGCCCCACCAUGGAGAAGACAUUUUAAAAAUAGCUCAGAAUCACAUCCCCCCAAAAGUUAAGUCUCUACUUCAUGAAGUUUUACUUUUUCAAUUGCUAUAAAGAGGGAAGGAACAACCCUAGCAAACACUUGCAAAAGUUUUAUUUUUCAAUUAAUUCCAAACAAGACAUUAAUGUCCACUUUACCAAAGAAAUUUAUUUGGUUGGUUUUGAGUUGGUAUUUAUUGUUUGUUUACCAAAGAAAAUACUCCAUUCAUCAAAAAUAUUUCCCCUGCUCAACUAAAAGAAAAAAAAACUGUGAUACUUGGGCUUUCCUGGCCAUUCAUAAGGAAAAAAAGAAAAGUCAGGGUAAGGGUGAUAUUCUCUCAUUGAGUGAAACUCAGCAGAAGAUGUAAAUUCACAAGAAGCUUGGUGUUUGCAAGAAAGAAAAUGACACUUGAAAUAGGGCAUUAUUGUUAAGUCCUAUAGCAAUGGCCCAAUGAAUAGCAUGAGGGCUCCUCGGGCUAAAAGGAGCAUAUUUGUUGCACAGAAAAAAUAAGAUAAUCGCUGAUGAAACUCCUUCGCCACUGUUCCAGCUCAUAAGUUUUGUUUUGGGUUUGGGGGGUUUUAGGUUUUGGGGUUUUGCUUAGCUUUGGUUUGUGACAUUUGUUCGUGUUUGCUUGUUUUGCUCCUACCUUUUCUACCAUUUCUACCCCCUCAAUUUUCAGGCAGAAGUGAGAUAAUCAGAUGCCACCCUCCAUGGCUACAGUGAUUUGUGCAAUAUGCUGCUUUGAACAAGGCCCUUGAUAACCCUUUUAUUUUAACUAACCACCACCCAAUUGUUCUAAGUGGCAUUCUGGGACCAUGACAUCACUUUCCUCCAGCCCCAGCAAUGGAGCGUGGCUGUGUCUAUCUCAAGAAUGAGUGGUAGCCGCCCUGGGGGUGUGGCAUGAGUCAGGGCCUCUUGGACACAAAUGAUAUCGUUCUCAAAAUGGCUUUUUAUUCCUUCAGAUCCUAUUAAAGUAGCCCUGCAGCUUAUAGUAGUGUUUGAUCUCUGUGAAUCUCUGUUUCCUCAUCUGUAAAAUGGCGAUUAUAACAGUAACUAUCUUUCAGUUCAGCAAAUACUUACUGAGUGCCUAAUAUCACCCAGAUACUGUUCUAGAGACUGGGGACAGCAGUGAACAAAUCACAUAAAAAAAAAAAUCUGCCCUCGAGAGCCUACAUUUGAGUGAUAUUGUGGAUUUACUGUAAGGAUUAACAUGAGAAGAUGUUCAGAGAGCACUCGUGGCAAGGCCUGGCAUAGACAAGGAACUGAAGACAUUAUUAUUUGUAAUCUGUCCAUCCCACACAGUAGCACUAGAGCUCAGGAUGUAAAGCUACAGAGAAGCAGAUUUGUGCAGAUCAGAGCCCAGGAUUAGGGCUAUGUAAAAAUGCAGAGUUGUCCUGGUCAUUUUAAGACAUUCAAAAUUUGGCUGGAUCAUCACUUAGUGGGGUGAGUGUGAAGGUGGCACAAGCCCUAGAUGGUGGAGUUGGAUUGUAAUCCUUGAAAGAAAGGGAUACAGGCAGUUGGGAAUGGAGUGGGGAGGGGAGAGCGCUUAUUUCAUUACUAUGCCCCGCUUGUCUGAAGACAUUUGAACAUUCCUUUGGCGUAAUUUGCUUUUAAGUCUGUGCUACGUAAAAAGCACCAGGUAUUUAAAGACAAAGUUCCUAUUUUUUUAAAGCAUGGUAAAUCUGCAACACGAAGGAAAAUAUUAAAUUAGUACCACCAGAUUCUCUGGCAAAGAACUGAGAAAGGCUUCAGCCAGCACAUUGCAGAGUACCUCCCCGUGGUGGUUACAACUGUUUAUUUCUGUUUCAUGCCAGUCCAGGAGAAAGCAAAGAGGAAAGUGAAUGAGCUAAAUUCCAUUCACCUGAACAGGCAGUGUCAGGCUGUCCUCCCCAGCCCGCCUCUCACCUGCCCCACUUCUGCCCAGGUGAUGUGUUUGAAGUCCUCUGAUAUCUGUGAGGGCACCACGCAAGGAAGAGGAAGUGAGGUGAGCAGACAGCUAUGGCCUGUGUGUCAGUUUUCAGGUUAGAUUAAAAUGAGCACGGCAAAGCUUUGGAGGAGCCGACCCGGGGAAAGAAGGCUUCUUUUCAAAGUACAAAGAAAGCAACGUGUACCAAGGAGGCAACCCACAGAGGGCCCUUGGUGGAAGGAAUGCUGUUCCCGUGGGACACACCAGCCUCUUCCCCCUCCAGAAUGUUGACACCAGAUGAACCGUUGGAUAGAAUUAAGCUUACCCUCCCAUUUUUCACUUAGGAAAAUGGAAACCUGGAGAAGUGAAAUUACAUGCACAGAGCCAGUUAGAAGCAGAUAGAGGACUAUGAUUGAAGUCUCCUAGCUCCUAGACUCAGCCCUUUCUCCAUUCUGCCACUUUACUGCCAAAUUCUAUGUGUCUAAAUUACGGGGUCUUAACCUGGGGGCCAUGAAUGAGUUGGUGGGAGGGUGGGACUCUGAACUCCUUAAAAUUGAAUUAUACGCAAAAAUGUGUAUAUAUGUUCCAUAUGUGCAUUUUCCUAAAGAGAGUUCAUAGUUGUUAUCAGGUUUCAAAAGAGGUCUGCGACCCCAAAAGGGUGAAGAACAACUGUCCUCAGUUAAUAAAGACCUCAUUGGGAGUGUGAUCCUGGUGUCCUCAUUUUGGCUAAUGAGCAGUCAAGAAUUUCUCAACCAUCUUUUCUCCAAGGAGCCGAAACUGCUUCUAGGUAUUGGUCUCUUCAUGCCCAGCCAAGUGCCCACUACUCUUCCUUUAUCCCACAUUCAUUCAUUUGUUUAAUCUGCAAACAUGUUUUCAUUGUCCGAUCUAUGUUCUAGCACCAGUUAAACACACUCUCCAGGGCAAGACUGGGGAAAGGACCCCUCUGCAUCAUGCUCUUAUUGGCAGAAAGAAUACCAGGUCGCUACCACAUUCUUACUGUUGCAACAAAGGAAUAUACAGCCUCAAAAUUACAGUAACCACUCCCCACACAUAGACACACACAGAGGGGGCA